AAAGAAUGAAACGAGAAGUCCAAGUGCCCAGAAGCAGUGACAGUCCGGGCUCCAGGUCCAGAAAAGCAGGAAAACCAGAUGAAGCCAUGGCCAUGGUACCUACUUGUGCGCCUGCGCCGUGACCUAGACGUGAGACUGGCUAGAUUGUAAACCAUGGCGUGGGUACCUGCGGAAUCUGCAGUGGAAGAAUUGAUGCCCCGGCUGUUGCCAGUGGAGCCCUGCGACUUGACAGAAGGUUUCGAUCCCUCCAUACCCCCGAGGACGCCUCAGGAAUACUUGAGGCGGGUCCAGAUCGAAGCCGCUCAAUGUCCAGAUGUUGUGGUAGCUCAAAUUGAUCCAAAGAAGUUGAAAAGGAAGCAAAGUGUGAAUGUUUCUCUUUCAGGAUGCCAACCUGCUCCUGAAGGAUUUUCCCCCACACUUCAGUGGCAACAACAACAAGUGGCACAAUUUUCAGCUGUUCGACAGAAUGUGAACAGACAUAGAAGUCACUGGAAAUCACAACAGUUGGAUGGAAAUGUGAACAUGCCAAAAUCUGAAGAUGAAGAAGGUUGGAAAAAAUUUUGUCUGGGUGAAAGGUUAUGUUCUGAAGGGGCUUUUGGACCAGCUGAAAAUGAAAGUCCUGGAAUAGAUUAUAUACAAAUUGGUUUCCCCCCCUUGCUUAGUAUUGUUAGCAGAAUGAAUCAGGCAACAGUAACCAGUGUCUUGGAAUAUCUGAGUAAUUGGUUUGGAGAAAGAGACUUUACUCCAGAAUUGGGAAGAUGGCUUUAUGCUUUACUGGCUUGUCUUGAAAAACCUUUAUUACCUGAGGCUCAUUCACUGAUUCGGCAGCUUGCAAGGAGAUGCUCUGAAGUGAGACUCUCAGUGAGAAAGGGAAAGGGAGGGAGAGAUGGAGAGGAACAUUUAUGUGUGAGAGAAUCAUUGAUCGGGUUGCCUCCCACCUGUCCCCAGCCGGGGGCCUGGCCUGCAACCCAGAACAGCAAAGAUGAUGAGAGGGUUCCUGCUCUGAAUUUAUUAAUCUGCUUGGUUAGCAGGUAUUUUGACCAGCGUGAUUUAGCCGAUGAGCCAUCUUGAUGUAGCUGAUCUCUCAGGGAUAGAAGAUGAUGAAGGCAGCCUGUAUGAGGAAGUGCAAUGCCGGUUCAAGUGCAGAUUUCAGUGUAUCUUCAACAUUAUGUAAGGGGUCUUCAUCUUAACCUGUGCAACUCAAGUUGAUAUGCAGAAGAUAAAGUGUAUGUAUUUGAAUAUCUGAAGUAUCUUUGGAUAAUCCCACCUAAUUUCUGAUAAACAGUUUUCUAUAACCAUGUGCAAAACAGUAUGAUACAAUUAUACAAAUGCUCUUGGUGCUGCUUUGUUUAUUUACAUAUAUACACAUAAAAUUUUAUUGAAAAGUAUGUUUUGAUUACUAAAAUUUUGUUUGACUUUUGAACAAAAGAC